AUAUGGUUCGAAGGGAGUAGAUAACCGCAAUCACUUUGUUGAAUUACAGCCACGCGCAAUUAAUUUGUCCAAAAACUCAUUCUCCGACUUUAGAGAGAGAGAGAGAGAAUCAGCAGAUAACAUAGCCAUUAGAUUUCAGAGAGAGAGAAGAUGGCCAUGGCGUCCAGCUUUGCCGCCAUUAAUAAGAAUUACCCACAGCCAAAGGCUCCCAGGAUUUUAUGCAGAAAGAAGGAGAGGGACAGAGGUCAAAUCCACCCCUACAAAGUCAUUGAAAUUACGCCUCCGCCCAAGAGCCUUGGCGUUCGUUGCUUUGCCCCCAACCUACAAUGUGGGGAGAGUGUAACAAUCGAAGGCCAAGCGUACACCAUCUCAGCCGUGACUCACCGUUACCAGCUUCGGAAGGGAAAGUAUGAAUCCAGUGAGAAGAGGCUCGAUGUUCUUUCCACAGGGAGAUACAUCUUGAACUUGUAUUUGGAAAAUUUGCUAGAAAAAUCUUGACAUGGACUUUCAACUAACUUCCAUGUUUCUGUAGACUAAGGAGUUAAUCGAAAUUUAUUCGUCGUGACAUGAUCAUGUAUCCUGCUGAUUUCUGAGGUUAACUUCGUGAUAUCCAACUAGAUGUUUCUGUAAAUGAAGCAAUGUACUCGGGAUCCAAAAAUGCAGAUAGAAAUUGCAUUUGGCGAAUCUUGUAUUAGCGUGAUUUUGUCUGCAUUUUGAUCGUAUCCCAAAGGACCCAAACUAUUAAGAUUGUUUGAAUGAACAUAUGAAUAAAUGUUGUGAUCUUAA